UCAGCGUAUCUCAUUUUCCCUCUCCACCCCCCACCGUAUUAUAGCUGUACAAAUGACCGAACACGAGGAGGUCAUUACCAUGGACGUAGGUUAGUGAAGCCAGCUCUACCGUGAUUGUAGAAGACAGUUAUACAUGAAUUGACACGAAAACUUUGAUCGGCGUAUAGAUCUGGAUCUAGAUCCAGUUCCAUUAGAAGAGCCCGCCAAUGCAGAGCAACCUCCUGCAGUCACGAAAACAGCGGAAUCCACCACCCCCGAUGACGAGGACCAAACUGCAAGUAAAGCAGGACCGCAAGUUCGAGCUGAAGCCGUGCACGUACAUGGAGUAGAUGAUAUGGCUACUAAAGACAUUGAAGAAUAUUUUGGGGAUCGAAAGCCCAUCAAAAUAGAAUGGAUCAAUGACACCAGUUGUAAUGCUGUGUUUGACUCUGCUGAACAAGCUAAGGAGGCUAUCCAAGACCUCCUCUUAGAGCCAACGAGCGAUAUCAAUCACACUCUUUUGCGUAAAGCGAAAGUCUACACAAUGGAAUCGGGCCGUACUGUCAACAAUCUCCAUCUUCGGUUAGCCAGCGAAUGGGAUGUCAAAGAGCGCGGAGCACGUGAGCGCAGUCGCUACUACCUUUUACAUGGGGUUAAUAAAGAUAUCAAUAGUCGACUAGGAAAACGAAGAAUAGAAAAGAAAAAACCCAAUGAUAUUCUUAGUAGACUUGGAGGAUAUCAAGAACCUGGAAGACGAAGACGGCAUUGAUGGAGGAUAAAUAAACAACGCUAUUGAAACAGAACGCUUACGUCACAUUUUUGUCCUGUCGAGGCUUGACCUACCCAAAAUUUUCCAACAAAUAUUUUUUUUUGUAAUAUUAUCGUCGCUCACUUCGCUUUGCUGAUCUUCUUUUUUUUACAACCGUAAAAAAGAAAGAAGAAACGAAAAAGAACGGAAAAGGGAAAGAAUAAGUUUUCAGUUAUUCAAAUCUCGUUCCAGCCUUCUUUUUUUUAAUCCGACUAUCCGUUUGGUUCAAACGCACACAGUUGGAGACUUUUGUUCAGCUCAAUACAUGUCCGUUUGAGUUCACAAGUGAUGAGUAAACCUUCAUCGGAUAAUACCACCAACCAUAAUACCUCCACCUCCUCACAACAGA